CGGCUUGGGCGGCGGCCGCCAUCUUAGGGCGGCGGCGGGAGGGGCGGGCGGCCAUUGGCGCGUUCAAGCCCCGCGGCGGGCGGUUCAAACGGCGCGGCGGCCAUGGCGGCACGGCUUCCCCCCAGCCGCAGGGCAGAGCCCGCCUUCCGAGAACAGAGAAGACAAAAAGUUGAAGAAUAUCUGUCAAGAAAAAAGUCUUUUUCUGGCGUGCCCAUUCAAGAAAACAAGGCACCGAUCAGCAGUAGCGGAACUAGGCGAGCAGUCAGCAAUAAACUGCAAGACAAAAACCUGUCAGCAUCUCCAAAGCCAGAAAUGGAGGAUAAAGAGAAUGCUAAUAAACUUUCAUGGGACCAAUCAAGUACAACUUCAGAAGAAAAUGUUGUUUUAAAAUCUUCUGUGAUAACACUGGCAUCCGGGACAAGCUAUAACGCUGAAGAUCUUACUUCCAAGGAUAAAGUCACUGAAAUAAAAUCACAGCACGUAACACUUACCAAAUCCUUCUUGUAUAUAAAAAGCAUAAAAGAGAAGCAACUGAUUGCAGAAAAGCAGAAUUCAAAUGUCAGCCUAACAAAGAAACCGGUGCUUGGUACGUAUCGUGGCAAAGUUAUCCAAUCCAAGAUAAACUCCUUCCGAAAAGCACCAAAAAGUGAAGGGGAAAAGAGUUCUUUGCCAGACAAGAAGAUUGUUACUUCUACCACCAAACCAGCAGUGAAAGCUUUGUCCACAAGCAACUGCAAUGUAGUUCUGAAGACCAUCAAAGUCACAAAUUAUUCUAAUUCUGUGAAACCUAAUGGUGUAGUACCAAAGAAAGGAACGACCCAAAAAACGAUUGGAAGGGGACCACAGCCACUGAAGGCUGCUUCGAACAGUUCUGACCGUGGAGUAGGAGGAGUGAAGAAACCUGUGGAUCGCUGUGAAGAUGCAAAACCAGAAGCCCCAGCAAAGGCAGUUUCAAUUCUUCCUGGCAUGAAGACAGGACAGGAUUCUAAAAUUAAUGGCAACAGGAAAUCUGUUUUGCUGAAAGAGUCAGCAGAAGAGAGAAGAAUUCGCCUGGCUGAAUGGAGGGCAUCCAGAGGAAAAGUGAUGAAGAGGCCACCUAUAUCCGUGGUUCUGGAAACCCGGCUUAAGAGUGAAGAACAGGAAUUUUCUUCUGCUGGCGGUUCCUUAGAUCACGUGUUACACAGUGAAAAAGUCAACAAGACUCUUGCGGAAUGUCUGCAGUUAUCUGAGCAGGGAUGUGAAGGUGAUAAAGUCCGUGCCAUGUUGCAAGAUCUGAUACAGAGCACUCCUGGGGCUAAAAAGCUUGCAAAAUACUGGAUCUGCUGGAUGCAUCUUGAACGGACAGGCCCUCCUGAAAAGCUUGUUGCUGUCUAUGAGGAGGCUAUUUUGGCAGGAGCAAUGCCUAAAGAUGAACUACGACGCAUGCUAAUAGAUAUUAUGAAAAAUACUGAAAGCCUGAUUAAGUGUGAGGAUGGGAGUGCUGUGAUAGAAGCUCAGACAGAAGCAGAGGAGGUCAGCAAGAUAGAAGCUCAGAUAGAGGCAGAGGAGGUCAGCGAGGAACCCAAUUCAUCUCUCGAGCAGGUUCGGGAGACCUUCAAGAGUCUCAACUCUGAUGACCAGAAAGCGGAGAGUGAUGAUAAGAAGGCAGAGACUGGCAAUGAAGUGAUCAAAAAAGAAGAAAUAGAAGAAGAAAUAGACUUGAAACCAGAAGGAGAGAUCUUGCCAAAAAAGAACAAGAAGCACAAAGCGAAAGCACGUACAAAAAACAGAGGAAAACAUGAAACAGAAGAGCAGAAUGAAGAUGGGGUGAAAGAGCUAGCCCAAGCAAUUAAUUCUCCUGAGAAGAAGAAUGACACUACUUACAUAAUGAGAUGCAACCCACCUACCACACCAUACCUGGACAGUGCGAAGAUGCACCAUGAGGCAACUGACUCCAGCGUUAAAGAUCUGAAAAUCGUGACCCCUUUGCGAUAUUCCCUACGCAUUCGGGAGAAGAUGUCCAAGUCCUUAGAUACUCCUAAGGAUAAAGAUUCAUGCGUCUCUUCGUUUGAACAACUGGGAGAACUGGAACCCAAAGCCGCUGCACUUCUCCACAACCAGAACAAUGAGCUGAAGGAAGAAAACGUUGAAGUGGAAGAGUAAAAAUCAGUACCAACACUACAUGGGAGGGAGAGAUCCUUUAGAUCCCUUUUAAGGAAUCCUGGGUGGGAUUUUUAUGUGUUUUUAGCAGCUUCGAGAGAGGUGGUAUCUAAAACUUGUGGGGAGGGCUUAGGAUGAAAUUUGACUGAGUCACUAAACUUUUAAAUGUGUAUUCUUCUGUGCUUUCAAACUCUUAAGGCAAUAUAUUGGUCUGUUCUGGUACUUAUAAACGUCAGGGUCAUCAUGUUAAAUAUGACUGACAUUAUUUACUGAAUUAAGAAUUAGAUUUAACACACUUCAUAUCACAUCUCAGUGACUGUAAUAUAAUGUUAAUAUCAACUGUUUUCCUGUUACAAUUCCUAUAAAUAUUUAGAAUUGCAUAUUCUAACUUGUAGUUUAAGGAACAAAAAUAACUUAGGAAUUCCAGUAGGGCAGUAUCUACUACAGCAGCAUUUAGUUUUGAAAACUGAAACCAGAUAGUAAGGUGUACAACUAGCUUGAACUGCGGUAUCCAUUUUUAUGGGGUAUUUCAACGAAACUGAGUAUAAUCCCAUCAACUAAAGGGAUUAUUCACGAUCAGUUAAUCUACUUUAGAUGGGGCCUGAUACACUAAUUACUACGUGACUGUUAUAAUAUUGGUUUGCAUUGGUCUGUAAUAUGGUAGAUUUAUUAAACUAAUCAAUUGAGUUGUA